AUGUCGGAGCAAAACCAAGCAGCUGAAAAAAAGAAGGUGAGACUAACUUUUUUUCAUAGCUGAAUUUAACGGAUUCGUUUUAGUUCUACGUGGGAGGAGACAACGACUCCGACAGCGACGACGACGAGGACUACGUAUCUUGCUACGGAUUGGUUCUUUUUUGCCACUAAACUUUUUGGUCGUGAUAAUUUAUAAGUAACUGAAAUUCCUAUAAGCUGAAGUCUGGCGCGAAAAAAAUUCCGAAUUUGAAAUUCAAUGUAGCCUUUCUGUGUCUUCCUUCCACAGCAUCUGUUAAAAAAUAUAAGCCUUUUGAGAGAUUCUAUGACCUAAUUACGAUUAAGAAAAAAACUUUUUUCAAUUUUUUUGGCCCACUUUUUCCUUGCAUACUUAUACAAUCGACGAAUGAGACAGCAAAGUUCAAAUCUUUAUAUUUUGACAUCUAUGCCAUACAACACCAUGGCAUCGCAUGAGUCAACGCGCGUCCUUCUCGAAAUUUUUGACCGUCGCGAUCUUCCAGAGAAGUCGCCGUUUUAGCCCACAAAACCUUGCGCGCGAGGAAAUGUUAGUAGGCCAAGAAGCAAAAUUAACACGAAUUGUAUCUUUAGAUAUGUUUCAGGCGAUUAUGUAGCCGUGAAAAUAUCCAACUUGUUCUACAAUUUCGGCCGCAGAGAAUGUAUUUUUUGAUUCUGAGGACACGGAGCUGUUUAUUCAUAAGGCUGAACAUUUUAUCUCAACUUUUCACAUUUAGAAGUAGCUGCAAACUUUCAAAAAUUUCGCACAAAUUUGUCAUAAAACUAGAGUUCAAACAUUUCUUUUUAAAAAAAGUUAUUAAAAUUUCUCAAAAAAAUCUUGUCAUUUCCUAAAUUUCUCUUAGAUUCAUCCUGAUUUUUUUGAUUUUUUUAACAGUUUCUGAGCUUUUGAAGAUGUAUAUUUAGAGCGAGAGAAUGCGUUACGAAGUGUCUUCGCCGGCUUUUAUUCCCUACUUGUCGACUAUCAGCGAGGAAACAGAAGAGGAAGAGGAGGUUUCUUUUGUGGCUUGACUCUUCUGAAACUCAACCGUUAUUUGCAGCAAGAGCGCAGGGCCAAUCAGUCUGUGAACACUUCUAGAGGUGUGUUUUGACUUCUUUUAUACAAGAAACUUCUCAUUCCAACCUCUCCUAAAACCCACCAAAAGGGCUCUUUUUCCGGAUAAAAUCUUUGUUUCAAUCAUUACUGUACUCUUUAAAAAAACUGCUAAAUUCGAUUUCCUCGAAGGAAUCCAUUGUUUCAACAGCAAAAACCAUUUUGAAAGCUUGAAAAAAAUAAUUUUUUCAGUGCUCGAGAGAAUCGAAGAAGAAGAAGAAGAAGAAGAGGAAGAAAAUCAUGAAGACUCGGAAGCCGACGAGGAGGAGCCGAAGAAGGAAAUCGAGAAGAAAAACGAGGAAAAUCAGCUGGACGAGGUGGAAUCUGAUGGCCGUGUUUAA